UCGAGAGUCGCGAGGGAGCGAGCAGCGGCGAAGAGCUCGAACUCGAACAAUGGCAUCGUCCGAAGCGCCACCAGAGCCGGCGGUCUCCGCCAACCCCGACAGCGCCGGCUCCGACGUCUCCACGCCCGACAACCUCGUCUCGCAAUCCCAGACGCCGCUGGACCCGGCCCCGAUCUCGCCGUCCGACCAGUCCGACCGCACCGAGACCGAGCUCGAGCCUCCCGCUUCGGACACUCAGGACGACUCCUCCGACCCUCUCCCGGACGCUCAAAUCCGGGACGACUUCUCCGAGCCGGCCGCCGGGGAACGGGGCGGAGCGGCGACCGAGCCCGGGCAGGCCAUCUCCAUCGCGCCAACGAGGAAGCGGCGCCGUAGGAAGAAGUUCUUCACCGAGAUCAACGGCGGGCCGUCGUUGUCCCGGAACCGGAGGUACAGAUUGGCCGAUCCGGCGAAGGAGAUCGACAUGGAGGCGCUGAUCGCGAUCUCCGUUGGUUUCCCGGUGGACUCGCUCACGGAGGAAGAGAUUGAGGCCAACGUGGUGUCGGUAAUCGGUGGUUCAGAGCAAGCGAACUAUAUAAUCAUUCGGAACCACAUUCUAGCGAGGUGGAGAUCGAAUGUGUCGAUGUGGCUGACGUUUGAGCAAGCGCUUGAGGCGAUUCGGACGGAGCACAGAACCCUUGUACACUCUGCGUACUAUUUUCUCCUCGAACACGGAUACAUCAACUUUGGCCUCGCGCCUGCUAUUACGGAAGUGAAGCUGAGGUCGGUUGAUGGUGUCGAGAGAGCAAAUGUGGUGAUUGUUGGAGCUGGAAUGGCGGGCUUGGUGGCUGCGAGGCAAUUGGUGUUUCUAGGGUUUAAGGUUGUGGUAUUGGAAGGUAGGGCUCGGCCUGGCGGGCGCGUUAGGACUAAGAAAAUGAGCGGAGAUGGAGUGGAGGCCGCGGCCGAUCUUGGUGGGAGUGUGCUCACUGGAAUAAACGGGAACCCGCUCGGGGUGUUGGCGAGGCAGAUGGGGUUACCCCUUCAUAAGGUGAGAGAUGUAUGCCCUUUGUAUCUGCCUAAUGGGAAAGCUGUGAAUAAGGACAUCGAUUCUAAAGUAGAGGUUUCGUUUAAUAAAUUGUUGGAUAGAGUUUGUAAUCUUAGGCAAGCUAUGAUCGAGGAAGUGAAAUCGAUCGAUGUUCCGUUAGGAACUGCACUCGAAGCAUUUAGGAACGUGUAUAAUGUGGCAGAAAAUCCACAAGAGCGAAUGCUAUUGGAUUGGCACCUCGCGAAUUUGGAAUAUGCAAACGCUUCUCUAAUGUCUAAUUUGUCGAUGGCGUACUGGGAUCAGGAUGAUCCAUAUGAGAUGGGGGGUGAUCAUUGUUUCAUCCCCGGUGGCAAUGAGAGGUUUGUUAGAGAGUUUGCUAAGGACUUGCCAAUUUUCUACGGAAGGACGGUGGAGAGUAUUAGGUAUGGGCUUGACGGGGCUUUGGUUUAUGCGGGUGGGCAGGAGUUUCGUGGAGAUAUGGUUCUUUGUACUGUGCCUUUGGGUGUGCUAAAGAAAGGGACUAUCGAGUUUGUUCCCGAACUUCCUCAAAGAAAAUUAGAUGCCAUAAGUAGAUUAGGGUUUGGAUUGUUGAACAAAGUUGCAAUGCUGUUCACUUAUAAUUUUUGGGGAGCAGACAUCGAUACGUUUGGGCACUUGGCUGAAGACCAGAGCAUGAGAGGGGAGUUCUUUCUAUUCUAUAGUUACCACUCAGUUUCGGGAGGCCCGCUUCUCAUAGCUCUUGUUGCAGGGGAAGCGGCAAUCAAGUUUGAGAUGAUGUCUCCGGUGGAAUCUGUGAAUAAAGUCUUAGACAUAUUGAGAGGCAUAUUCACCCCAAAAGGGAUUGUUGUUCCUGAUCCAGUUCAGGCAGUUUGCACUAGAUGGGGGAAGGACCACUUUGCGUAUGGUUCUUAUUCUUAUGUAGCAAUUGGAUCUUCUGGUGACGAUUACGAUAUUCUUUCUGAAAGUGUUGGAGAUGGAAGAGUUUUCUUUGCAGGAGAGGCAACUAAUAAACAAUAUCCAGCCACAAUGCAUGGUGCUCUUCUUAGUGGGAUGAGAGAGGCCGCUAAUAUGCUUCGCGUGGCUAAAAGAAAGGGCAUCGGUUCACAGUGAUGCAGCAAUGCACUCGGAGCGUACAAGUCUCGCUAAAUGCAGUCAAGCAGUCGAUUCUCUAUUUUCUUUUCAGUCACCUAGUAUGUAGAGCAAAUAUUGGAUUUCUGGUUGUCUUCUUGUAUAUGGCUUGAUUUUGCAGAGAUGGUAGCUGAGCUUAGCAAGGAAUAAAACUGACCCAUUUCGAGCAAGUUUGAUGCUGAGGGAGGUUUUAUACGUAGCUAUGCCAAUCACUUGCGGCUUUCUGUUAGUUAGAUGAGACAUGACUUAGGUGCAUGAAAUCCUUUUUAGUUUAGUGGACAAGGUAAAUUUUUUCAUCUUUCCAUUUUGUGUAUAUGUGGAUUUUCGUCAUUAUUAUGGACCUCUGUUAAGUUUCAAACAUAUCUCACUUUCCUGAA